AAUGUAAUCAACUAUCAGUUGGAUCGACCCAGACCCGCUCCGGAUCAGAAACCUCAAACUGCACCAUCUUCAGCAAGCAACACUCCCACAAACCACAAUCGCACGCCAAAUUUAACAUACUUGAUCCACUACGCGCUUAAAUUCCCCCCAAAUCUUACACACUCAUACUGUACCCACCAUUUCCGGAACCCUCAAUUUCAAUCGGACCAUUCUCACAUUUAUGUGAUACAAACACAAUUUCACAAAAUAAUGGAUGCGGCUUCGAUCAGAGUUCCGUACAGAAAUUUGAAGCAGGAAGUCGAACUAGUAGGUGCCGACGAGUGGGAGCAUCGGCAGAUCAAUAAGUCAUCUUCUCCGCCGGGAGCAUCCGAUGCCGGAGAUUCGCCGCAGGAUACUGAUCACCAUAUUCCGCCGCCGAAUACUUGCAGCUUAUUGACGUUGAUCCUCAGUUGUACGGUCGCCGCAGGUGUACAGUUUGGUUGGGCACUUCAGCUUUCUCUCCUCACUCCUUAUGUUCAGACGCUUGGUAUAGGGCAUGAAUUUUCUUCCUUUAUAUGGCUCUGUGGUCCCAUAACAGGCCUCGUGGUUCAACCAUGUGUUGGAAUAUGGAGCGACAAAUGCACUUCCAAGUAUGGUAGACGGAGACCGUUUAUUUUAGUUGGGUCACUGAUGAUCUCUGUUGCUGUCGUAAUAAUCGGGUAUUCCGCAGACAUUGGUUACAUAUUGGGGGAUACAAAGGAGCAUUGCAGUACGUUUAAAGGUACUCGUACCAGGGCAGCUUUCAUCUUUGUAAUUGGAUUUUGGAUGCUAGACCUUGCAAACAACACUGUGCAGGGUCCUGCUCGAGCUCUCCUAGCUGAUUUAUCAGGUCCAAAUCAGAGAAAUUCAGCAAAUGCCAUAUUUUGCACCUGGAUGGCUGUUGGAAACAUUCUAGGGUUCUCUGCUGGUUCUAGCGGAAACUGGCACAGAUGGUUUCCAUUCUUGACAAGCAGAGCUUGUUGUGAACCUUGUGGGAAUCUCAAAGCAGCAUUUUUGGUUGCAGUGUUGAACUUUCUGCAGGUCUUCCUUUCUCUUUGUACGCUUGUGACCCUCUUCUUUGCAAAAGAAGUACCACUGACACAUGCACAACACCGUUUAUCAGAUUCUGCUCCUCUCUUGGAUGAUCAUCAAAUAAAUGGAUCUGACCUUUCAAAAUCAAAAAUCGAUUCAGCAUCCAGUCACCAUACAUUAGAAAAUAAGUCUGAGAGGCAUUACACAGCGGGCGAUGCCGGAGAACAGAAGGAUCAAAAUAGCAGCGAGGAUACUUUUAGUGACAGUCCUGGGGCAGUUUUGGUGAAUCUACUCACCAGCUUACGCCAUUUGCCUCCAGCAAUGCACUCAGUGCUGGUUGUCAUGGCUUUGACUUGGUUGUCUUGGUUUCCCUUUUUUCUCUUUGACACUGAUUGGAUGGGGAGAGAAGUUUUCCACGGUGAUCCAAAAGGAGAGCCUAAUGAAGUUCAAGCUUAUAAUCAAGGUGUCAGAGAAGGUGCAUUUGGUUUGCUAUUGAAUUCUGUUGUUCUGGGUAUUUGCUCUUUCUUUAUCGAUCCAGUGUGUCAGUGGCUUGGAGCUAGACUAGUCUGGGCUGGUAGCAACAUUAUUGUGUUUGUGUGCAUGGCUGGUACUGCACUUAUUAGCUUGGUAUCUCUGAGACAAUAUUCUGAUGGGGUUCAGCAUGUUAUUGGUGCCAAUGAAACUACUAAGAUUGCAUCUUUGGUGGUUUUUGCAAUUCUUGGUAUUCCUCUUGCUAUCACUUAUAGUGUACCCUUUUCUGUCACUGCCGAAUUGACUGCUGAUUCAGGAGGUGGACAAGGACUUGCGAUUGGAGUUCUAAAUCUUGCAAUUGUGAUACCUCAGAUGAUCAUAUCCCUUGGUGCCGGUCCAUGGGAUGCUUUAUUUGGUGGUGGUAACAUACCAGCAUUCGUCUUAGCAUCAGUCAGCGCCCUGGCAGCUGGGGUUAUCGCAGUUCGCAAGCUUCCAAAUCUUUCUAGUAACUUUAAAUCUACUGGUUUCCAUUUUGGUUGAUUAGUUUUCCCAGAUGAUUCAAUUCAACUCGCCAAUAGUUCCACGCUAGGACAGGGAACUUGUACACGAUCACACACACACCGUGAGGCCAAGAAUGCACAUUUUAUUUCUCAGAGAGAGAUGAGAUUCCACACAUCCAUUCAAUUUUUCCCCUAGCAAGGGGAUUAUACAGUAUGUAUAGUAUACUAUAGGUCUAUUUCCGGAUGUAGUAAAAAGCGUAGAUGGGAUAUAGAUAACGUGCUACUGUAGUUCUUAUAUGUGAAAUCUCUCAACAUAAUCAUUGGGGAUAUAAUAACAGUUGCGAAUGAAAUUCAUAGUAUCUGGUAACACAACUUAGUGACAUGUCCUAUCAGAAUCCUCCCUUUUCAUGUAUGAAAAUUGUAACACAACGCUGUGAUUGAUAUCUACAGAUGCCUACUAAGUUCUCUUCUGGGGAAUAAUACAGAGAAACACUCUUGAUAUCUAUCGUUGUUAUUGCUGCUUGAACAGGCAACUGGAUAACAGUUUCUGGUCGAAUCAUCAUCGUAUUCAGGUAAACCAUGAAUAGACAUAAUUUCCACAUUAGACAGUUUACUAUUUCAGGCUGCUGCAUUAUUGAACAUCUUUCUGUUUUUUACUGAAUGCAUAUUUAUACCUCUGUUUCUGUACCUUGAGAAUCUCUCGUCUCCUUCACAUUCCCCAGUUGAGGCAGAUAUCUGUCAA